AUGCCUUCACCUAUAGCAGCGUCAAAAGGAGCCCAGACACUGUGCCAGCGAUGCUUGCGACUCACGUUCGACAACAGCGCCAUCGUCGACGCACCGCCACCGCAACAGUACGAGGGGCGUGACGACCUAGAUCUUGAUGAAUAUGGAAUUAUUCCUCUCGAUUUUAUCUUGGAGGAUGAACUACCCGGCCUGCCGCAACUGGAUAGAUCGGGCGCCAACGGUUGCCACAUGUGUCUCUUCCUCAAAAAAGUCAUCUUGACUCAACUACAAUUGCGUCCGACAGAGCAAAACUACGCCGGCCGCAUUACGCUCCAGCUGAAUGAGUUCCACCCCGACCUGGCGACUGUUCAGUUUGCAAAUUCCCGAGACGAUUGGCUCCCUAAUCGGAUCGCUGGAGAGCUUCGUAUGGGAACGGAAGUGUACCCUAUAGAUGUCUUUGCCAGGCACAGGGCGGAUGGUCACUAUACGCCCAUGCCAGACCCAAAUCCGUUGUCAGAUCGGUCCAUUCAAAGAAUCAAGGCUUACCUAAAUACUUGUGUGGGAAACCAUGACAAGCAUCACUCGGAAUGCUCAUACCCAGGCACGAUUGCUGCGCCGUUGAGGCUAUUGAACAUUUCAGACGAAAAGAUGAUACGACUAGAGGAGACCAACAACCAGGACAUUCCAUACGUCAUCCUAAGCUAUUGCUGGGGUCCGGCCAAGGUCGUUUUCGAUGCCAGGACUGUCUUGGCAAAUCUGCCAGAGAGAUUAAAGGGCUUUAGGACUGAUACCCUUCCACAAACACUGCAACACAGCAUUUCCCUUGCGCAUCGCCUUGGAGCUUCUCACAUAUGGAUAGAUGCGCUGUGCAUCGUGCAAGACUCUGGGGAGUGGAUCUAUGAAAGCGUGCGAAUGAUGCAGUACUACGAAAUGGCGCAGUUCACAAUCGUCCCGAUUGAUUCCAGUGGAGCAGAGAAGGGGUUCUUGAGAAAUAGGCCUCCAUGGGCCGAGGACAUCAUCCAGUGGAAGGGUUCUCUUAACCAUCUCCAAUUUUAUUUUCCUUCAUUCAACAACAUCCAGGAGGCGGGACCUGCGACUUCUUCUCCGUGGGCGAGCCGUGGUUGGACCUUUCAGGAAAGGCUUCUUUCUUCGAGGCUGGUCUUUAUUGGUCGUGAUGAGGUCAAGUUUCGAUGUCGCGCUGGGUGGGGGAAACAUGCCUCUCGAACGCCAAUCACUCUCGAAUCUCUUGGGAGCUAUUUCCUUCCUCUGUCUCCUAAAUACGCGGCAGAUUCAAAUGACUGGAACAGUGUUGAAAUGAUUCGGGACAAGUGGUAUCAGAUCCUAAGUGAGUAUUCGCAGCGAAGCCUCACCAAGCAAAGCGAUAAACUCAUCGCGUUGUCGGGCAUCACGUCUAAAAUCAACCAACUACUCGGAAACCACGAGAAAUAUCUGGAUGGGUACUGGGAGUCGGAUCUUUGGCACGGCUUGACUUGGAGGAGAGUGCCAGUGACAGAUGACCUCGAGGUGGACUUCUAUCUGGACUCACUCUCAGAUUCAUCUGGUGGUUUGGUCAAACAAGAGGGUGUGCGGGUUGUGCUUCUCAAAGCAUAUUUAGAUGGAGACGACAAGGAAGAGUGGUUGAAGGACCCAGCAGCAAAGCCGCAUGAUGUGUGCGGGCUAAUUAUCGAGCCGACGGAUGAUAGCUACGAGGGGCAUGUGGUGUAUCGGAGACUGGGGAUUGUGGAUAUUCUGCCGGGAUGGGACUUUAACUUUUCAAGCUCGGAGACAACAGCAGGGUCGUUGUUCUACCAGGGGAUGUAUACCAAGAAGGAAACUGCGGUUUUGGUAUAG